AUCAUCAUCAGUCUUCUUCAAGCCCUCUUCUAUCCCUUUUUUUUCCCUUCUUUCAUACAAAAAGAAAAAAAGGGUAGAAAUGGCUAUUGAGAUUGAACAACCUCGUGUUGGAUUAUCAAAAGUUGCUGUUUCCAAAACUCACGGGGAAGAUUCUCCAUAUUUUGCAGGGUGGAAAGCUUAUGAUGAAAACCCUUACCAUGAAACAAGCAACCAGUCGGGUGUUAUACAGAUGGGACUGGCUGAAAAUCAAGUGUCAUUUGAUUUGUUGGAGAAAUACUUGGAAGAACAUUCUGAAGCAUCGAGCUGGGGAAAAGGAGCUCCUGGUUUCAGAGAGAAUGCUUUGUUCCAAGACUACCAUGGAUUAAAAUCUUUCCGACAGGCGAUGGCGAAUUUCAUGGAGCAAAUUAGAGGGGGAAGAGCAAAAUUCGACCCUGAUAGAAUCGUCCUAACUGCUGGUGCAACCGCAGCUAAUGAGCUUUUAACAUUCAUUUUAGCAGAUCCUGGUGAUGCUUUGCUCAUUCCAACUCCAUACUAUCCAGGAUUUGACAGAGAUCUAAGGUGGAGAACCAGUGUGAACAUUGUUCCAAUCCAUUGCGAUAGCUCAAACAAUUUCCAGAUUACACCAGAAGCCAUGGAAGCUGCAUAUCAAAGUGCAGAAUCCAUGAACUUGAAAGUGAGGGGAAUACUGAUAACAAACCCUUCAAACCCGUUAGGUGCAACAAUCCAACGAUCAGCCCUGGAACAGAUUCUCGAUUUCGCCGUAAACAAAAACAUACACCUCGUGUCGGAUGAAAUUUACUCUGGUUCUACAUUCUCUUCAUCCGAAUUCAUCAGCAUUGCCGAAAUCCUCGAAACUCGUGGCUACAAAGACGCCGAGAGAGUCCACAUCGUUUACAGCCUCUCUAAAGAUCUCGGUCUCCCCGGUUUUCGAGUGGGAACCAUAUAUUCCUACAAUGACCAGGUCGUCACCACCGCCAGGAGGAUGUCGAGCUUCACUUUGAUUUCGUCACAAACACAACAUCUCUUGGCUUGCAUGUUGUCCAACAAGGAAUUCAGCGAAAACUACAUAAAGACAAAUAGGGAAAGAUUAAGCAAGCGAUAUGAUAUGAUCAUUAAAGGGUUGAAAAAAGCCGGAAUCGAGUGUUUGAAAGGCAAUGCCGGGCUGUUUUGCUGGAUGAACCUCAGCCCAUUGUUGGAAAAACCCACGAGAGAAAGCGAAUUGGCUCUUUGGAAGGUUAUACUGAACGAAGUGAAACUAAACAUAUCGCCUGGAUCUUCCUGCCAUUGCUCUGAACCAGGGUGGUUCAGGGUCUGUUUCGCAAACAUGAGUGAACAAACACUUGAAAUUGCACUUGAAAGAAUACAUAAAUUCAUGGAACAAAGAAAGAGGAACUAA